AUGACGCAGGCCGGCGCACAGUCAGACUCUGAGGAAGGAUUGACACGGGAAGAGAUGCAGCAAGAAGAAGACGACGAGCCGCCUUCAAAGCGAGCGAAACAAGAUGCGUUCGCCAAACUCAUGGCUCCCAAACCAAAAACCAUCAUCUCCCCCCCAAAACCCCCCAGCUCAAAACCUCACCUCUUCAAGAACCGCAUGGCCCUCGGCGCAUACAUUGCCGCCCCGGAAUCAUACCCUGCCUCAGUGGUUAUCUACUACAACGCAGACUUUGUCGUCAUCCACGAUAAAUUCCCAAAGGCCACCGUCCACACCUUGCUGCUGCCGCGGUCUCCCAAACAUACCCUUUUGCACCCCUUUGAGGCGCUCCAGGACGUUGAGUUUCUGGAAAAGGUCAAGGAAGAGGUGGGCAGGCUCAAGGUGCUCGUGGCGGCGGAGCUGCAGCGCCGGUUAGGCUCGUUUAGCAGGUCUGAUGCUGCGAGAGAGGCUGUGCUUAAUGGUGAUGCGGAGCCAGAAGAGGCAGCAGAGGAGGGACAGGAGAACGACAAAGGAAAAGAACCGCAACUGCCGCCGGGAAGGGACUGGAUGGCCGACCUCAUGUGCGGCGUCCACGCCGUCCCGAGCAUGGGCAACUUGCACAUCCACGUGCUCUCGCGAGACAUGCACUCGCCGGCCAUGAAGCACCGCAAGCACUACAACUCCUUCAACACGCCGUUCCUAGUGGAUGUGGCCGACUUCCCGCUCGGCGAGGCCGACCCUCGCAGAAUCCCCAAGGACGAGGGCUACAUGAGGCGGGACCUGGUGUGCUGGCGGUGCGGGAGAAACUUUGGAAACAGGUUCAAGGAGCUCAAGGACCACCUGGACAAGGAGUUUGACGAAUGGAAGCGGGAGUGA